AUGCCGCCUCGUCGCUCGACACGCUCAAGGGCCUCUGUGGAGCCUGUCGAGCCCCAAAUUAAACGAGAAUCUGUUGUCUCCAAGCGCAAACGAAGUCAGGUUAUCGAGGUCGAAGAUACCUCUCUCGAAGAACAGGAAGAGGUCAAGCCCGCUAUUCGUACGCGUCGGGCAUCAUCUGCCAAAUCACUUGAUCAACAACCUUCGCUCGAGGAGAAUGAAAGUAUGGAAGAGCGCCCGGCCAAGUCUACGCCAAAGCGUGGCAAGAGGAGGACGAAAGCUGCUGUUACAGUAUCUGAUAAUGACGACGAUGACGGUCUACCAGUGGUAGAAAAACGCAAGCCCUUACCAUCAACGCCUAGUCCGACAAAGGCGCGCCUGUUCGCCCCGACGAUAGAUGAGGAUGAAACUUCACUUCUCGAUCUUCCGAACCUAUCCCCAACAAAACCGUCAGCCCCUCCUAUCCCGGAGGCUCCGAAAGGGCCCAAAGCACGCCUGGUAAUCCACAAGAUGGCGCUCGUGAACUUCAAAAGUUAUGCCGGCCGACAGGAGAUCGGACCAUUCCACAAGUCCUUUUCGGCUAUAGUAGGGCCCAAUGGCUCUGGAAAGUCGAAUACCAUCGACGCCCUUCUUUUUGUCUUUGGAUACCGUGCUUCGAAAAUGAGACAAGGGAAGCUCUCUGAGCUUAUUCACAACUCAGCUCAAUACCCAGAUCUCGACGACUGCAGCGUUGAAGUGCAUUUUCGCGAGAUCAUAGAUUUACCUGGUAAAGACGCAUUUACGAUCGUUCCAGGCUCCACACUUGUCGUUGCUCGCACGGCUUACAAGAACAACUCUAGCAAGUAUACCAUCAAUGGGCAAAUGAGUAAUUACAAGGAAGUUCAAACCUUACUCAAAAGUCGUGGGAUCGAUCUCGACCAUAACCGCUUCCUCAUCCUUCAGGGUGAAGUUGAAUCCAUCGCGCAAAUGAAACCUAAAGCGCCUUCCGAGCAUGAAGAUGGUUUGCUGGAGUAUCUCGAAGAUAUAAUUGGCACCUCCCAGUACAAACUGCCUAUCGAGGAAUCAUUGGCCGCGAUGGAGCGCCUGGUCGAGGAGCGUGCGGAAAAACUCAACCGUUUACGUCUCGUGGAGAAAGAGAAGAGCGCACUUGAGGCGAAGAAACGAGAAGCCGAAGAUUUCCUGCGUUUACAGAACGAGCAUGUGAGGGCACAGUCUAGACUGUGGCAGUGGUAUCUAUGGAAGUGCCUGGUCAACGAGGAGGAAUUCGCCAAUCGCAUGACCCGAAUCGAGAAGGAGCUCACACAAGAAGAGGAGCAAAAUAAAGACGAUGUCGAGCAUCUAGCCAUGCUCGAGAAGCACUACAAGGAGCGUAUCUUGGCGUAUGAGGAAGUAAAAGCUGCUGCAGCCGAGGCCGUCAAAGAUCUCGCUGUCCACGAGAAGCAAGCGGUUGGUCUCGAGGAGAAGCGCAAGCACGCCACCGGUAAAGCCAAGAAGCUGAAGAAGUCUCUUCACGAGGAUGAGCGACUACGGUCAGAAGCUCUUCGUGCAAUCGACGACAAUGCCAAGCGAAUGGAGAUCGAGAAGGAGAAGGUGGAGGAGCUGGAAGCGUCCCUUGAGAAGGAAGAGAAAGUCCUUGAAUCGAUUCGAGACAGUCUCAAAGACAAGACACAGGGAUUCCAUGAUCAAAUCGAGCAGAAACAGAAGGAGUUACAGCCGUGGACGGCGAAGAUCAACACGAAACAGGCCGAAAUUAACAUCAAGACCAGCGAGCGGGACAUGCUGGCCAAGAAGCUCGAGGCGAUCAAGGAUGCUGGUAAAGAGGCUCAAGAGAACCUGCAGACAUUGCAGGAUGCCCAGAAAGCGAAGACCAAUGAGCUCGAAGAGCUCAAGGCUCAGAAGGCGGGUCUUCAGCAGGAGAUGAGAGCUGCGGAGCAACGAUCCAGGGAGAUGCAAGCCCGCGUGCAAGAGCUUAGAUCGAAGGCUUCUGCUUCUCGACAACGAGUCGACGAAGCCAGAUCCAACCAAGCUGCGAACACGUCCCAGAACAGAGUCCUUGACGGCCUCACUCGUCUUCGAACCUCUGGUCGCAUCACUGGAUUUCAUGGUCGCUUGGGCAGUCUUGGGACGAUCCCUGAUAAGUACGACGUUGCGAUAUCAACAGCUUGUGGCGCCUUGAAUAACAUGGUCGUCGACACCGUUGAACAAGGUCAGGCAUGCAUAGAGUACCUACGGAAGCAAAACGUCGGGCGCGCAUCGUUCAUGGUUUUGGAGAAAUUGUCACAGACCAGCGGCAUGGAAAGAAUACAGACACCAGAGAACGUCCCCCGUCUCUUUGACCUGAUCAAGCCCAAGGAAUCACGCUUCGCGGCUGCGUUUUACAAGGGGGUCAGUAAUACUCUUGUGGCAGACAACCUUGAACAGGCCAAUCGGAUCGCUUUUGGUGGGCAACGUCGAUGGAGAGUCGUUACCCUCGCCGGUCAGCUUAUCGAUUCGUCUGGUACGAUGUCUGGAGGAGGCACCCAUGUUGCUCGAGGUGGUAUGAGCUCGAAACUCGCAGCGGAUGCUGUAUCACCUGAUGUUCUCAGGACAUACGAGCAGGACAGCGAGGCAGCUGCGCAGCAGCUAGAACAGGCUACCCAGGAGCUGCGUCAGCUGGAAGCCGAGCACGAUUCUCUCGUGAAGUCUGGCCCACAGAUCGAUAUCUCCCUGCAGAAACUUAACCUUGACAUCCAAAAUGGCGCUCGGAGAAUCACCGAGGCGGAGAAACGAGUCCGUGACCUGAGGGCACAGAGCAAACCCGAUGCCGGUGACAUCGCACGGAUCACAGCGCUCGAGAAGGAAAUCCAUGCGGCCAGUUCAGAGCUCGAGAGACUUCAAGAGAGGUCAGGCGAGAUUGAGGACGCGAUCAAGGCUCUCGAGAAGAAGAUCCUCGACAUUGGCGGUGCUCGCAUGCUCGGCCAAAAGUCCAAGGUCGACGGCAUCAAGCUGCACAUCAACUUGGCCAACGACGAGAUUACUAAGGCCGAGGUCGCGAAGGCCAAGGCAGAGAAAGACUCAUCCAAGCUCAAGCUUGCGGUGGAGGCCCACGAAACAAACCUGCAGGAGGUCGAAGCUGAGCUCGAGGACCUUCAUCAGCAAUUGAAAGAGGUCACAGAUUAUGUAGCCAAAGUUCAACAGAGCGUGGAGGAGGCUCAAGCGGCAGCAGAGAACUCCAAGGACGACCUGGAUAACUUGAAGGCAGAGCUCGACGAGAAGAACCAAGAGAUUCAAGGUUUCAGGAAGAAACAGAUGGAACUUCAGCAAAAACUCGGCGAUGUGAAGAAAGAGGCGCUUGAGAACGACCGCGCUUUGGAACAUUGGCGCACAGAACAUGACAAGCUGCAGCUGGAGGAUAUCGACGACGAUGAUGAAGGGGACGAGGAAGAAGACGCCGACGGCAACGACAAAGAAGGUACGCCUGAACCUGCGCAGCCCGCCAGCAACGGCGUCAAGGAAGAACCGAUCGAGCACGGAGUUGGCAAGAAGAAAGCGCGUUCCCACACUCCGCCGAACGAGCUCCACAUAUAUAGCGCGGAGGAGCUUGGUCGGUUUAGGAAGCAGGAGUUGAUCGGCGACGAACAACUGCUUGAUGAAAAGCUGAAGAACGCAAAGCCCAAUCUGGGUGUGCUCAAGGAGUACAGGAAACGAGAGGAGGAGUUCCUACGCAGGGCUAAGGAGUUGGAGGACACGACCAACCUACGCGACGCCGAGAAGGCCAAGUACGACAGUUUGGGGAAGCAGCGACUGGACGAGUUCAUGGCCGGUUUCAACACCAUCUCGCUCAAGCUCAAGGAGAUGUACCAGAUGAUCACGCUGGGCGGGAACGCGGAGCUGGAACUGGUGGACAGCAUGGAUCCGUUCUCCGAAGGGAUCAUCUUCAGCGUCAUGCCGCCGAAAAAGAGCUGGCGGAACAUCUCCAAUCUGUCGGGUGGCGAAAAGACUCUCAGUUCGCUCGCGCUCGUGUUCGCGCUGCACGUCUUCAAGCCAACGCCGCUGUACUUUAUGGACGAGAUCGACGCCGCGCUCGACUUCCGGAACGUCUCCAUCGUUGCCAACUAUAUCAAAGACCGUACGAAAGACGCGCAGUUCAUCAUCAUCUCCCUGCGAAACGACAUGUUCGAGCUGAGCCACCGCCUCAUCGGCAUCUACAAGACAUCGAAUCAAACUCAGAGUAUCUCAAUCGACAAUCGCUCGAUCCACUCCGCGCCCACCAACCGAGUCAGCACGUCCUCCGCCAUCAGCGCUAUGCAAUAAAGAACAUCGUCCUUAGUUUCGACCACUCCUAUUUCCUACUCUAUCCAUAUUCGCGCAUCUCACAUGUAUCGUUGGUUUCAAUUCUCGAGGAUUACCGGGUUACAACGUGAAUUGUUGUACUUGUAAGGUGCAUGUUGUAAAGCUUCCGUUUUCCGCCUAUCUAUACUAUCGGAUUGGUUUC